AUGCCGAAGAAGAAGGGCUUAGCCUCCACCGUGAAAAAGACGCCCAAGCGCGUCAAAGGGAAAGGGGAAAAGGCCCUGGGAGGGCGACCCAAGGGUCAACUAUCCGCGUUAGGAGGUGGCGUCGGCUCCGAGGUAGAGUCGGACAACGGACCGUACUGCAUUUGUCGUGGGCCAGACGAUCACAGGUGGAUGAUCUGCUGCGAAAAGUGCGAGGAUUGGUUCCAUGGGCAGUGCGUUGACCUUGAUAAGGAUAUUGGAGAGACGCUCGUCGAGAGGUUCAUCUGCCCCAACUGCACGGAUGGAAGGCUCUGCGUAACCCGGUACAAGAGGAUGUGCUCGCUCGAGGGCUGCAAGAAGCCAGCGAGGAUUUACGGCGUCAAGGACACUAGCGUGUUUUGCUCAGAUGAGCACGGUCACCAGUGGUGGGAGAGGAUGGUCUCAUCGCUCCCCAGAAAGAACGGUUCGACGCCUUCAUCCGCAGAUACCCUCACUCAGGAGGACUUCAUGGCCCUGCUAGCGAGCACUCUGGGCAGCGUGGAUAAGACCACGGGAACCUGGUCGCUAUCCAAACAUCCAUUUAUCAAGGGACCCGGAUCCGAUGGAGAGUUGAAAAACGAGGACACCCAGAACGGAGACGUGCCACGAUAUCUUAGUGAGGAAGAGGAGCUUUUCGUCCAUGCCUCCGCCUCGGACCGCUACACACUUGCCGAGGAAAUUGUCCAGUGCAAGAAGAUGCUCCAGCUUCUCGACAUGGCCAACGACAGGCACAAGGCCGCCGUGGCCUCGGGCCGCCUGACAUCCGACAUUUGCGGCUACGAUGACCGACUGGACACCGUGGCGGUGCAGGCCCCCUUUGCCGCCUUUUGCAAGACAGACGCGGGCAAGGCCAUUUUCCAGUCGGGGAGCUCGGAGAGCCUACGGGUGCGGAGGCCGCACCACGGCUGGUAUAACAUGCUAUCGCGUACCGUACGCGCGCAAAUCAAGAAUCUCACCGCCGAGGCCAAGGAAAAGUUGGACGAGGAGACGGACGUCAAGGAAGCCGCUGAGGAGAGGUUCUACCGGAAGAAGGCUGAGGGCAACUGGGUGGAAGUCAUCGAUCACACUGGCCCUCUUGACGUCAAUGCUCACCAACCUGUCGACCCUGCCAAAAGAGAUGGCGAUGUAGAUGUCGAGAUGGGAUAA